AUGGGCAAACAGGGGGUCACACCAAGUUUCCCCAUCCGGAAUCCCCAGUCCGCGGCCAGCGGCCAGCGACCAGUGACCGAGUCGAGUCGUCCUGGGCGCCGAUCCGCAACGAUGAAAUCAUCGCGACCAGCUCGGCGGCCGGUGAUUCGAUGUGCGCCCGGUGCUGUCGAGACUAGGCGGGCUUUAGCGGGCGGGGACCUGGCCGGUGUCACUGGCCAGUCAGGCGCGCCGAAUUAA